GCACACCCGAGAAAAAUAAUUGAUCUUAAAAAUAAAAAAUAAAUUAAUAAUUCUUUAGUGUUGAAUAAAAAUGUCAUUAGUUUCUUUCGAAAUUUAGAUUUUAAACGGUGGGAUUUAUAACCUUGUCAACUAAUGUUUUUAUAAUUCAAACGGGGUGUAGAUACAAAUUUGGUCAAGUGUCUGAAAAAUUAGAAUUAUCUUUUUUGAACAAAUCUACAUGAAGGAUCGACCGAAUCAACGUGAUGUUCAAAGUAUGGUCCCUCCUAAUAUUCUGCAUUUCUACAACCGUUCUAGGAUCUAAAUACUUUAGUUUUUGGCAAGCCACAACCGACAAUGCCAUCGAGAAUAAUUUCGAGGUUUACUGGAAUGUACCCACUUUUAUGUGUCACAAAUAUGGCAUGCAUUUCGAAGAAGUUUCCUCUGUUUUUGGCUUGCGACAAAAUACUCAGGAUCAAUUUCGAGGAGACAACAUCUUCAUUCUCUACGAUCCUGGAAAUUUUCCAGCUCUAAUCAAAAAUGAAAAUGGUGAUGUCAUGAGAAGGAAUGGAGGUGUACCUCAAGAGGGUAAUUUGACCCUACACCUUCAGCUUUUCAAGGAUCACGUUCACGAGCAAGUGGCCAACGAAUCUUUUCGUGGAAUAGCUGUGAUCGACUUUGAAAGUUGGAGGCCCGUCUUUCGACAAAAUUGGGGUUCACUAAACCGCUAUCGUGAGCUUUCGAUAGAAAUUGAACGAGAUAAUCAUCCCUUCUGGAGUAACAAUGCCAUAAAGAACGAAGCUGCACAAAAUUUUGAAUCUCAUGCCAGGAACUUUAUGGAGGAAACUUUGAAACUCGCAAAGUCUUUGAGACCUUUUGCCAACUGGGGCUAUUACGCUUAUCCUUAUUGCUUUAAUUUGUCACCCAAUCAGCCCUAUCCUAAGUGUGAUCCAAAAGUACACGACGAAAAUAACAGAAUCUCUUGGCUCUUUUCGUCACAGAUGGUACUUUUUCCUUCAAUAUAUUUGAGAAAGAAUUUGGAUGCAAGCGAAAAAUUAGGUCUUAUAAAAGGAAGAGUUGUGGAGGCACUUCGACUUGCAGGAAAUACUAGUCCUAGACGGAAAGUCAUGCCCUAUUUUUGGUACAAAUUCCAGGAUUCGACUGAAAACUUCCUGAGCAGAGAGGACGUGGAGGACGGAAUUAGAGAGAUCGUCAAUCGAGGAUCGGACGGUCUCGUAAUUUGGGGCAGUUCGAACGAUCUUAAUAACAAGGCCAAGUGCCAGGAGCUAAAGGACUACCUGAACGACGUCCUGGGUCCAGCAGUGGCCAGCAUCAAGGAAUACAGAAGGCACCCAGACUUAACCGGAACCAAUUACGACUAUGAGGACGUGGAGGAAGAAAUUAGACAGAUCGUCAAUCGAGGAUCGGACGGUCUCGUAAUUUGGGGCAGUUCGAACGAUCUAUAUAACAAGGCCAAGCGCCAGGAGCUGAACGACUACCUGAACGGCGUCCUGGGACCAGCAGUGGCCAGCAUCAAGGAAUACAGAAGGCACCCAGAUCUUCAGCGACAGCGUUCUCCGUUUAAGGAUACUAUCGCCAAGGGUCCAGAGGAAGAUCAGACGAAGGGAGAAAUUGCGGCAGGUGUUGCUGCUGGAAUAGGAGAACCGGACACCACAAGAGGAACAAUGGCAUCGAUAUGGAGCUUAACCACGACCAUGGUGAUCCUAAUGAUGCACUUUUCGUUGCUUUGCGCCCAUCGUGAGCACAAGGUGCACAACAUUGUUCUCUAUCCGGACAAACAAAGCUGGUGCAAAACAACCCAAAUCAAGCAGGUAGUUACUUGGCCAGGAUGUUCCUCUCAAGAACUGGACAACAACGUUUGUGUAGGGGCCUGUUUUUCCUAUAUGGUGCCACAUAGUGAACCUUCAGCUCCUGGUGAUCUAAUUCGACCUUAUUGUGAUUCUUGUCAGCCUCUGGAUAGUGUAUGGCACACGGUGAACCUCGAUUGUAAAGACGAUGAGAAUAAGCCAACGAUAAUGCAGAAGAAAGUCCAGAUAAUUAUAAACUGUUCCUGUAGUUCAUGUUUGGAAACAUCUAAGAUCAAACCCGACUACAACAGCCUUCUUCAAUCCCUCUCUGAAGAAAAUAUCGAUAAGAAUGUCAACAUAGUCCAUGAAACCCCAGACCUCCUUCUAAAUCCCAACCUCAACGCCUCCAAAAAUACAACUAGAGACAUCCAAGCCAACGAAAAAUUCCGUCAGCUUUUCAAACAACUCCAAGAAUCUGCAAAACUUGAUGAAUUCAAAGCCAAAGAACUGUUCUCCAAGUUUGAGGAAGAGGAAUUUGAUCUUGAAAAGCUCAAGGAGUUGCUGAAGAAGUAUGGUAACCUUGGUCAAGAUGAUAAAGAGAUGCAUGGAGUGAAAGAACACCAUCAAACAGUUCAUAAACUUCAGGUGGAAGAAGAAGAUGAACUACCAUUAGAAAUUCCUAACCAACAACAGAUACCGAAGGAAGAAGAGGAUGAGGAGCUUCCUCAACUACCACAUCAUAAGUCUCCAACUUUAAUGCACCGGGGACCCCAUCAUUCUAUGGUUUUAGAGUCUGAUGUCAAGGAGAAGAUUGACGUCGAACCUCAUUAUCUUCAACCUGCAGUUGCUGGUCAAGAAAUCAGCUAUCAAGACAAUGUUCUGGUGGACAAGGCCAAGAAAAAAGACUUCUGAGUUGAAAACUUGGCCAAUUUUGUAGGCACUGAGUGGUUAGUUGACGCUGGGCGCCAAACUGGCAGACGCGGAAGAGGAGGGGUGAAAAUAUGAAAGGAGAGGAAGUGGUUUUCGAUUAGUGAAUGCGUGUGCGUGGCCCGAGAUGCAUAUGUGCGGUGUGUAGGUGUCUUUGGCCAAGGGAAUAGCAACCCUGUGCAGAUCGAUUUUCGAUCGCUGAGUCUCUGAAGGUAUACGACCACAGGUUUCUAUACUGUACUUAUAGGUCCCAAUUUAGAAAAGGCAAUCAAGGUUUUCUGGUUGGAAAAUUGUUUUACUUAUAGCGCAUUCGUUUAUCCUGCACUGGUGUAGAGUAGGAGCACUCCGAUCGCUCCGUCUUACUUCUUCUUACUUCUUCCUUCUCACUCCGAUCUGCGUCGGUGCAGAUCGGAGUGCACCAGUGCAGGAUAACCGAAUACGCUAUUAGAAACAAUCAUCAGAAUUUACAAUCAAUUGGCAAAAUUUAUCUUCAGAUAGUGGUGAAGUCUGAUUGUUUCGUUUGUUAGAGACAUACACAGUCACGAGAAUUUUUGAUCAAUUCUGUCAGAAACUACCUCCAGUUGUUAUAGAAUUGAUCACCAAUUAGUUGUAAAGUCUAGGUAUUUCCUUAUACAGUUGUCUCAGUAACACCUUAUUUUUUCAAUCCAUAAUAUUAUUAUUUACCUGUAAACAACUAUCAGAAUUUAUCAUUAGGUGUAAGAAUUUGCAAUCAAUUCUGAAAAUUUAUUAACAAUUAGGGAUAAAUUCUGUGGAUGACUUUGAUAUUCAAUCCUCUGAGGAUGAACUCCAAAAAGUGGAUCUCCUGGGGAAAACUGGCACACAGGGCCAAUUGAUCUUCUGUCAACAGUUGCUUUAUUCCUACAAUAUUAAAUACCUUUUACAAAAAAUGUAUACAAGAAAGAAGAAUUAUUGACAAAAAACUAUUUUAUAGUCAUUUAAAAUCAUUUCAGUUUUCUGAUGUUCGAUUUGACAUUAGACAAUUUGGAACUCCACAACUGGAAAUCGUUGACUAUUAAAACGUAGAUUAGGAAUUUUGAAAUGUUACAAAUUUUCAAUCAAAAUUCUUGAAUUUAAAAUAGUUCCAGAAUUUAUUUUUAUAUAUUUUUUUCAUAACUUGCUGAGACCCAUAGUAUUCUCAAAUCCAACUAUAAAAUUUUGACACCCUAUUCUCGACAAAUAUCUAACCUUGGCUGGGAAAACUAGUGCAAAAUUCUUUAAAGCUGAGAAUCUUCAGUAUUGUACCUCCCAAAAUUGGCAGAGGAUAUGAUCCUCGUUAAAUAAAUUAUGAUAUUAUGGAAAUGGUGUUUGUUUACUCAUGAAAGGAAUUAUAUUCCAAUGAUAAAAGGAAAUAUAUUUUUAUUAAGAAUAAAUUAAUAUUUUCCUUCGAAAGCCCAUCGGCUGAUGAUAAUUGUUAUUCGAGAGACUUUUUGCCAAUUUGUGAUGUGGUAUAGUGUAAAAAUCUGUGAAAUGACUGAUCUUACGAAAGUGUGGUCAGUUAUAAUGAGACGUGUGCUCCUUUUUUGUGGGAGGGUAAGACUAGGGGUAAGAGCGGAAAUCGUGAAAAAGAGAGAAAUUUUAAUAUAUUUAACUAUUUUAUUUUAUUUUAAUAUUAUUAUUUUUAUUAUUAUUGACGAUUGUUAUCUAACUAUCUGGCAUUAAGAAACCAUUCAGCAUACGUAAUUCACGUAAGUUCAAGUUACAUAAUAGCGCGAUACGUAGUAACGUUCUCCAUAUCUCCUCUGUUGGUUUGUACUUAUCUUUGCUUUACCUACCCUGUAUUCUCGGUGGAGAAUAAAAUCGUGAAAUUGAUUUUGCAA